AUGUCAGCUAGACCAUCUGGAUAUUAAAAAUUUAAAGAUGAGGAAGCAUUUGUUAGUAAUCGUCAAGAAAAGGCUGUUGAUGUAAGUGCAGGAGCACUUGGCAAGGGAGCUGGAGCUGCAGACUUUCCCAUAGAUUAAAUACCUCCUAAUUUUGAGUUGGCAGAAUUGCAUAGAGAAGCAUGGAAUGUUGGUACAACUAAGCUAUCAAAACGAUAAAAGCGUAAUCUAUAGAAGCAUUAAAAAACCGUAUCAAAUAGCAAUGAAAAUGAAUUGAUUGGAAAAAUAUGUGAUUGCUGUGCUCGAUAGGUUCCUAAUCAUUUACUUUCUAUUGGAUGUAACAACAGGGAUUAUUCAUUUUUAGGAGCAGGCAUGCCCUUAUAUUUUGAGUACAUCAAAUCUUGUAUUUUGAUGCUUUUAAUUAUAUUUGUAACAUCAGGAGACUAUAAUAUUAUAACGAAUAUGGCUUUUGGUAAAUCUUGUAAGGUUUUGGAUAAAGAACACUAAGGCUAGGAUAUAGAUGAGAAACAGUUUUGUUAACUUUCUUGGGCGACUUAAACAUCCCUCGCCAAUAAAAGAAGUGGAGAUUAAUUUAUAGAUUUGUAAUAAAUGUUAAACCUCAUUUCAAUGGUUACAUUAAUUUUACUCUUCCAAUAUUUCCGUAAAGAGUAAAGAGCAUUUGAUGCAGAGAUAGAUUCUUAAACGUAGUAUGCUUCUGAUUUCUCAAUUUUAUUAAAAAAUAUUCCAACUGAUCCAACUGGUUUGUAAAAUGGAGAUUUUGAUGAGGAUUUAAAAACCUUUAUGGAAUAAUAUGUUUAAACAUAUCCUAAAUUACCUGAAAUUGUUGAUUAUGAACAAGAUAGAAAACAGUAUUAAAUAUAAUAGAAGAAGCCAGUUACAGAUUUAAAAAGAGUAGUAUCAGUUAAUUUAUGCUAUAAUUUGGAUGAACAAUAUUAGCUUGAACAAUCGAAGCAAUAGAAAAUAGUAUAAAAACAGAAAAUCCUCUCUACAUUAUACGGUUAAGGUAAAGAACCUUAAAGUUCGGAUGUUUUGAAUGAUCCUUCACUUGCUGCAGUUGAGUAAGAGAUAUUAGCCAUUGAAAAUAAAUUAGAAGAAUUAGAAAAAAGAUUUAUCGAUGGCAAAGAUGUUAAAAACUACUUUUUGGGACAGGCAUUUGUAACCUUUUAAUGGGAGAAUGAUGCUUAAUCGAUAUUAAGUGAACAUAAACUUUCAAAGUUCUAAAGAUUAAUAGGAAAGAAGAGCAAAUUAAUCUAUAGAGGAGUUCCUUUAAUUGUAGAAGAACCACCUGAACCAACUGAUGUAUUUUGGGAAAACCUUCAUAUUUCAACAAAGUCAAAGAUUCUAAGAAGAUUAUUUGGAUAUACUAUUACAGCAAUAAUUUUAGCAAUUUGUGGAGGCCUUAUUUAUUGGUUAUCUGCAAUCUAGGCUGAAAGUGCAGAAGAAUAAGCAGAAGCCAUUAAAAAAGGAGACUUAUCACCUAAUUUGAAAGUCAAAUUUAUAGCCUAAGUAGCAUCAAUUUCAAUUAUUAUCAUUAAUACUCUAUUAGCUAUGAUCAUAAAGAAUGUAUCUUAAUUUGAAAGAUUUUCAACUCAAACUGGAUAUAACAUUAGUUUGGCAAGUAAAUCAAGCUUGGCAUAAUUCAUCAAUACUGCUGUAAUUACAUUUGCCAUUAGUACUUGGGUGACCAAAAAUAUAUACGGAGCAGGAGGGCUUGUUUACAAUUAAUCAUAUGUUUUUGUACUUAACGCUAUCAUACCUGCUGUUGUUUCUUUUAUUGAUGCUGGUACAGUUACUAAAUGGGUUUUCUAAUAUUUGGAAAAGAAAAAAGGAAAUAAAUCUGUUAAGACAUAGAAGCAAUUACACGAAUUAUAUGAAAGACCAGCUUUUGAUAUUUCAGUUGCAUAUGCAACUAUUUUAAAAAACAUGUAUGUUGUUGCAUUCUAUGCUUCUGUUAUUCCAUUGGCAUUAAUAAUUACUUGCUUUGCAUUAUUACUUCAUUAUUGGGUUGAAAAAUUAAACAUUUCUAAAAGGAGAUCAAUUAAAUAUAACUACAGCUCAUAGAUGUCAAUAGAAAUGAUUGAAUAAUUGGAGUUGGUCUUACCAAUUUAUUGUGGAACCAAUUUAUGGUGGGAAUAUGCAUUUUUGGGAUCAAUCUCAACUGAAGCUAUUAUUGGAAUUUGCUUAGGUGUUGGAAAUGCUAUUCUACCUAUGCAUGAAAUCAAUGAAUUAAUUUUCCCCUUGCAAUCUGAGAUAGAUGAGCAUCUCCCAAUAUAAGAAGCCGAGGAAGGAUUCUUAACUGAUUAUUGUAGAGAAAAUCCUGCAACUGCUGAAACUGCUAGACAAUAAUAUAAAGCCAGAGUUGAAAAGCAUAAGCAACAAAAGUAAAGCAUGGAUAAAAUGUUUGGAGAUGCAUGA